GGAAGUGUUUAUUUUCACAGAUGCACGUCCAUCAGUCGGGACAUAAAGCAGCAGAGUCACUGAUGUAUGUCUCUGUGCCGGAGCCAAGUGCUUUAGUUUAAAGCCAAAACAUGAUACUCACCAAGUGGAGAGGGGGGGGAGGGGAGGAAUAAGAGAGAGGAGGAGGAGGAGGAGGAGGAGGAGGAGGGCUUCAGAAACAUUUUCUGUUACAACUGAACUAAAAAGAAAAAGAAACAACAGAGAGAAAUUCAGAAAAGGAAAGAGGAGAGGAGAGGAGAGGAGGCUUUAAAGUAGCUGUUGGGAAAAAGAGGAUCCCCGAGGAAGAGCAGACAGAAAGAAAGAAAGACAGAAAGAAAGAAAGAAAGAAAGAAAGAAAGACUAGUUUUUGAGAUGAGAAAGGGAAAGCAUAGAGAAGAUAUGGCAGGGAACAAGAGAGAACGAAGGAAAACGACAUGUUAGAGAUGACAGAAAAACUAUGAAAGAGGAGGAGGAGGAGGAGGAGAGGGGUUAUGAGGAAGAGUUAGUUAAUGACAAAUGCUGAAAAUGUUGAAGGAGAAAGAGAGAAAAGGUUAGAAAGAAAGAAGACAGCGUAGUGACAGAGCAGAAAUCAAGACAGAAAGAGGAGCAGCAACAGAGAAAGAAGAGAUGAAGAGACAGAAAAAGGCUUGAACGCUUUAAUUGAAGUUGACAAAGAGAAAAAAGCAGAUUGUCAGAGUGGGAAGAGCUGAAAGAGAGAGGAGGAGAGAAACAGAGAGGAGGGAGUGGAGAAGAAGCUGAGGGGGAGAGAGAGAGGAGAAGAGGGAGAGGAGAGCUGGAAAGUAAAGUGUGUGACAGAGGAAGAGAGAGCAGGAUAUGAGGAGGAGUGAGGAAGAGCAGAGAAAGAAAAGAGAAGAAGAAGAAGAAGAAAACGGGGGGAACUUAAUUUCCAUUUUUUUCUGACGUCGUUGUGAAACCCUCUCGAGCUGCUGCUGCAAGACUGAACGCUAUCAGGACCGAGCAGACUGCUGCCAAACCCACUGACACACACACACACACACACACACACACACACACACACACACACACACACACACACACACACACACACGUAUAUAGGAAGCGAAGGAGCUCCCCAGCAGUGUUGGAUAUGACUCGUCGGCUGUCGGAGUGACAGUUGGGAAUAAACCAGUUCUUCAUCCAGUCAGGGUCGUGUGAAGAUGAAGUGACGCAGGCGACUUCACAGCUUUUCAUGUUUCCAUCAAACAAAACACAACAACAAAGAUGUCGGUGAAGCUGCGAUUCGACUCGCCCUCAGACGGCGGUCUGGUCCACAGGAGCCGCUCCUUCACCGGGUUCAGCUCUCUGACUGGACGACGACGGCCGUCCUCUGCCCGUAACUCUCUUCGCUCCAAAGCCACCACGGGGGGGAAAUCUCCCAGGAUGCACCUCUCUCCCAGCAGAGGAGGGGGAGGGGGUAUCUGGUCUCUGCAGCCGGAGCAGGUCGACAGCGUCUUCCAGGCGCUACGCAAAGGACUCAAGGAACACCUGGAGGGUCACCAGGUGGAGAUGGACUUCCUGUCGUCACAGCAGAGGGAGACCAAGAGGAACUCCAGACUGGCCUUUCUCUACGAUCUGGAGAAGGAGAUCAGAGCGCUGGAGCGAUACAUACGGCGACUGGAAUUUCAAAUCAGCAAGGUGGAGGAGCUGUAUGAGACCUAUUGUAUCCAGUGGAGGUUGUGUCAGGGGGCGGUCAACAUGAAGAGAGCCUUCUCCCUGUCCCCGUCCACCAGAGCCUCCAGGGAGAGUCUGCUGGAGCUCAACCGCAACCACAGACACAGCCUGCAGGACAUGUCUGUGAUGGAGGGAGAGUUAGAAAUCCUCCUCGGAGAGCUACACAUCAAAAUGAAAGGUCUGAUCGGCUUCGCCCGGCUCUGCCCUGGAGACCAGUAUGAGGUGGUGGUGCGACUGGGCCGCCAGCGCUGGAGGAUCAGAGGGAGGAUCGAAUCCGACGACACACAGUCGUGGGACGAGGAGGAGAUGGUCUUCCUCCCUUACAUACACCACAACUUCGAGAUCAAGGUGACGGAGGCGAAGGGUUUGGGUUGGCUGCUGGUUGGCAUGGUAACGUGUGCGAGCGCAGACUUCUUCGUGGCGAGGCCUCAGCUGAUGCUGGUGGACAUCACGGAGCUGGGGACCAUCAAACUGCAGCUGGAGGUCACAUGGAAUCCGUUUGACAGCGCUGAGAAGAUGAGGCCUCUGUCCGUCAGCAGGCAGUCGGUGGCCAGCAGGAAGAGCUCAGUUUACAGCUGGACCGCACCGAGCACCCCCUCCUUCACCGAGAAGUAUUUCAUAUCGAUGGUGCGUGAGCUGCGGGAUCAAGAAGGUUCCCUCCCGUCUCUGGUGUCUAAAGGUCGUCACAACAGAGGAGGCGUGUCUCUGCUCAGUUACCUGUCCGACCCCUCACACACCUCCGUCAUGUCCAACCACAUCCCCAAAAGCCCCUACACCCCGAGUCUGACGCGGGCUCACAGCUACCCCUCCUGCCCCAGUCAGGGCACCAGUCUGGGAGGGAGCCAGACUCAGCUGUCUCUCGGGGAGGAAGGAUCCCUGGAGGUCUCCACAGAGGAGAGGGAGAGGAGGAAGAGCAUGGAUGAGAAGGAGGAGGAGGAAGAGGAGGAAGAGGAGGAGGAAAGGUGGGGAGCAGUGUUAGAGACUCCCUCUACACCAGGGGAGAGUAAGAUGGGAUCCCUGCUGGCCCUGCAGAGGUCCAGUACUCCUGACAUCCUCAGGAAGAACACAGCUGGAGAACCAGAUGUUGAGACACACAGUGCAGCCCCAGGACAGGACUCUGUCAGUGUGCAGGACUCCCCAGAUUGUCAGACGUACUCGGCUUCACCUACGCUCGCUACCCAGCCUCCACCUGCGGCCCCAUCGUCAACCACCACGAGGGCCGCUCCGACCCCGGGGAGGUCGGGGAUGAGCGGCGCCCAGCGCAGGGCCCAGGCGCUCAGGCUGGGGGCCCUGAUCGCAGAACUGGAGAAGACGUUACAGAACCAGAGUCUGUCUGAGAAGGAGCUGAGAGCCCUGGACCACCAGAUACUGCACCUGGCCACCAUCCUGAAGAACGACCUCUCCCUGAUGAAGAGCUCAUCAUCGGAGGAGACGCUCGCUGUCGAGGAAGUCCUGGGCAGCUUUGACUUCCUGUCACAUGACUUCAACGCGGAUGACGACACUUCCUGUUUGGGCAGCCUGAGACUGAAGGACAGUGGCAUCAGCUCUUUCCAGCAGAGCACUCUGAGGAGCCUCGGCCUCUUCUCCCACAACAGCCAAUCAGCUUCUGAGGAAGAGUUGGUCUUCAUCCCUCUGACUUCUGGGAAUUGGGGUUUUGACCAAGCUCUAGAGACUCACCUGGAUAUCUGCCUCCUCCUGCUACAGAUGAUCAGAACGACUGACUUCUGCCCGUCUCGGAGGGAGCUGCUGGAGGAGGUGGCUCUUCAGGCUGAAGUCCUGGACAGAGUCAGCUGUUUGCUGCUGGAGAAGAACGACAACAUCUGCGCUCGUGACAUCCUCCCUAAGGCCCAGAGAACGAGGGAUGUCUUGUUGUUCUGGGAUGAUUGUGUGAACGACAGCAGCUCUCCUUUCUAUUGUCCGGCCGGCAGCUUCUCCAGGACACUGAAGAAACGUUACACGCACAAGGUGAAGGCCAAGCAGCCCGGCCAAUCAGAGAAAGUGUUUUCUCAGCUCCUGCAGCAGGUCCAGACGGCCUGUCGCAUGGUGCCCAGCCCUCGGCCGCUCUGCAGCCCAGACAGAGUCACGCUGUUCCAGCUGUCGGUGUAUCUGAAGCGCUGGAGCGUCCAGGAGCUGGGGGAGCACAUCUCCCGCCUCUCUAAAGAAGAGUACAUCCUGUCGGCCCUCAGGAGCCCCAAACGGAGGCGAGCUCUCAACAAACUGAGAGGGCGGAGCAUCGUGGAGCUCCUCCCACUGGGGUGCACGCUGCAGACCCUGGCCGCCCUGCAGGUCGACUCCAACCACAAAGUCUGCAAAGCCGCUGCCAACUGUCUGUGCAGAGCCGCAGGCUGCAAGGCCUUCAGGAGCAAGGCGCUGAUUCACUACACAGAGAGUCUGAAGAGCUCCGACCUUCAAAUCCAACAUGGCUCCUGUCUGGCUCUGAAGUGCCUCCGGGCGACAGAGAGUGUGGACCACAUAGCAGAUCUGUGGAGAUCAGCGGAUGAAGAUCUUCGCAGCGCUGCCAGAGAGACCGUCCUCUCCUUUGGUAAGAAGGGCUUCCUGGCCUUCCAGAGGAUGGACCAGCUGUACACCGAGAUGCAGGAGGAGGCUUAUCAGAACCAAGAGACUGAGAUUACCAUUCUAUAGGAGACAUGUGUGGAACUGAAACAUCAAGAGUCUCGAUGAACCCGGGUGUCGGGGCGAGAGACUGAAUGAUGAGCUGGAUGAUGAAGUUUAUGAGCCUGCACUGAAGGGGAAUGACAGGACGAGGAUAACAAUGAAUCUCUGGUGCCUUCAUAACUACAGAUACUAAAGGGACGAGAGCGGAGGACGAUCUGAUGACGGCGACUUCAAGCUUCCUCUGGACGGAUCGUUCAAUCACUGUCGUUAGAGUUUUCCUACAAAGCCUCAACAUUCCUGAUCCUGUGACCAGAGAAGAGACUUUACGGGGAAACAUGGAUUUAUUUUGUUCUGUUCUCUGUCGCAGCAGUUAGUUUAUUUAACCAGAUAAAUUACCAUGUGCAGCUUUAAAAUAAUUCCUGCUUUUCCAGCGUCGGGACUCGCUUUCAACGACCAGUCUAUGAGGUUGUUUUAUUGGGAAAAUGAAGGAUAAAUAUAUUAUUGUAAUUUCACAUAAUGUCACACGAGUGUGUAAUUAAGAGAAAAAUGGAAAAUCUCUUGUGAACAUUAAACCCUGAGGGACCAAAUAAAUCCUCAUCAGCAGCUGCAGACGGUGUAAAUCUACCUGUGGCAGGUUA